GUAUUCCCGGAGUUCGCACGUGGGAUGUGUUCCGCUUCGAUUCGGUUCCUUUGAAUGUUUUAAAUGAAGUGAACGAUGUGUUUGCUCGAUUAACGUGCGCCAAGGCAAUCCAUUAGCAUGAAGAACAAGCCAACCCGGCACAAGGAGGCGAACGUCUUCCGGUUCAAGCCGUUCUCCGAGAGAGUGACGGAGAUCGACGUCGAUGUCUUUCACCGUGUGGCACAUCGGAAUGAGGAUGACGCCGAGGAAAUCGAGACUUAUUUUCACGAGACGCUGCAAAAAUGGAACUUUCUCAACCUGACGGAAGGCUAUACCGCCUUCAGGAAGCAAGUGCGGGACAUUGUCACGUUGCCCCAGUUGCUUCACAAGAAGCAACAUGUAAUCGACACGCUUAUGUUGUACCUGAAGAAACGAGAUCCCUUGUUCCUGCAGCCGAUUCUAGAGUUGAUAAUAGCUGUAGCAAGAGAUCUUCAGAAAGAGUUUUACGAUUAUUUCCCAGAAUUUCUGUCUGAGAUAAUAUGUCUGCUGCAAACAAAAGACGCCGAGCAGAUAGAGUAUGCUUUCACUACUCUAGCAUAUUUGUUUAAAUUUCUUUGGAAAUAUCUGACAAAGAACAUUAGAACUGUGGUACCUUUGUUGCUGCCACUGCUGGCCGACACGCAGCCAGACUAUGUAAACAGGUUUGCUGCCGAAAGUUUUGCAUUUGUAGGUCGCAAGAUUAGGGAUAAAGAUUCCUUUUUGAAACUGGUGCUGCAUGCUCUGGAGGAUAGAAAUGAAAACGCUAAGAAAAAUGGGGUAUCAGGUUGUGGAAAGCUGUUGUUUGAGAUUGUAUCUGGUACUCCAGGACAGUUCCAUUCUUGUGGCGAGCAGAUGUUGUUGCUUUAUUUCAAUGCUCUGCAAGAUGAAUCUAUCGACCAAGAGCUCACCUACGAAGUACUGCGAGAAAUCAUAACGUGCAUAUUGCAAAAUAUACAUCCACAAAAAUGUGAUAUCAUGUGGAACGUUAUAUUAAAAGUAAUUGACGCGUUUGUCGAAAAAUCGAAGCAGUCGUUAGAAUCAUCUGAGAGGAAACGCGCUUUGAUUCUAUUUCUGCGUCUUGUACAUAUCAUUAUCAACUAUAAAAACGGAAGAUUCUUAACCGACACUGUAUCCUUAACAAAAAGAUUUGUUGUCAUAAUGGACACAUUGAGCGAAGACAAUAAUGUCUUGCAAGAAGUUAUCAACGUGUCUGUUGCUAUACUCAUGGCGUCCAACGUCAAGCUAAUGCAAGAGAACUCGAGUCAGCUAUUGCUGAAAAUUAUGGCGGUAAACGAUGUGGAAUUAUUGUACUCCGCUGUUGAAAAUUUAAUAUCGUAUUCUUCGUUUGAAGUCUUGGCGUUGCCCCACGUAUUGCGGCGCAGCAUGUCUAACAAAUUCGAUGGUAAAACGUUACUUCUGUUAGCUAAAAUAAUUCUCGCAAAAGCAUCACCUUGUCUCAAUGGCAUAACUUUGAACAAAUGGAGAAAAUAUAUUUUAGAUAUACGGAAUAUCGGAAUUGAGAUUAUUGAUUAUUUCUUGUUGGAAUUGAAAACGUUGUCUACUGAUACCGUUUCGCUCGACGCAUUGAGGAUUUUGAUUAUUUUACCACAUUUGAAGCCGUUGCGCGAAGAAUUUAAGAACAUGUUGAAAGAUGGUUUAUUAUUUUUGCAUCAAAAAAUAUUGGAAUAUAAUGCGGAUGAUACUGCGGACGUUAAUAAAACGGCUUUCGUAUUUUUAUUAACGCUGGAAUCACUGAUACACAUGUCAGAGCCAAGCGAUCUUCACGAGUUUUUGGUAAAAUCUGACAUGAAAAUAAUUGAUCUUGUUGAAAAACACCAAGAUAAUAAAUAUAUCUUAAACGCGAUAGAUCUCUGCUUAACGUAUUUCGCUACGUCGCAGCAUCACGCGGACUAUAUAAAUUCAAAAUCGUUUGAUAAAUUGAAUGACAAUGUUGUAAAAAAGUUCAGUUCACCUUAUGGCAAUGUUCGAUUGAUCGUGGCGCAUUUGUAUUCCUUGUUUUCUAACGUCGAAGAUCUGAAGAGGCCUUCGAUGGAAAUUGGUGAUGGAAAAAAUGCUAUGGAGCUUGUGUACCUGGCAGAACGCGAGUCCGCGACGAUACAAAAUUACCGCAGCAAGUUGCUGCACUUGCAAGCUCUAGGAUUUCAAAAUUACGCGGUAGCUAAUUUAAAUCCGAAGUAUUACGAAUUUCCGUUACGAUGCUUGAUUGGCAAUCUGUACGUCAAUUUUUCCCUGCUCUGGCAGCCGGUGACUGCGAUUAUAGCUAGUUAUGGCAACAAGGAAUGCUCGCAGUUCUGGCCAAUAUUUCUGACCGAGUUAACGUCUAACAAUGUACCGGAGACUGAACGAAAAUCGUCAUUCGAUUGCCAAGUGGUUUCGUCGUUGGAAAUGUUAAUAGAGAGACACGACGACAAGCCUGAUUUUGAGAAUCACAAGAUUCUUCUCUGGAAAUGCAUGACACAUUUCUCACAUUACGCCGAGACAAAAAAUAGAGACUUAACCGGAUUAUUCAUCGAUUUCGUAAAUGCAAAUUUUUUCCGAUCCAAUUCCGACGAGGGCAAGUGUUGCGAUGUCGAAAAGCGUAAAGAAUUAAUCAACGCUGACAAUGACACGGACGAUGACGAGAACGAAAGCGACGAGGAGCGUGACGAGAGCGUAAAGAUCGCGCGAGCGGACGCGAUGAAAAGGAAUCACAAGGUGAAACUUUUACUCGCCCAGAUGGAGAUAUUCGACAAGGUGCAAAAUCCGAAAAUGUUACAUCGAGAAGCGGAGAUGCAUCAGAUCUAUCUGGAUUUGAUUUCGUCGAGGAACGCCGACAUUCAGAGAGCUGCUCUGAAUUGUCUCUUCGCGUACAAAUACAAAUAUCUUUUACCGUACAAGGAGUCUUUGUACAAUUUGAUAAAUGAGAAGAAUUUUAAGAACGAGCUCGCACGCUUCAAGUUGGAUCGGGAGAGCAACAUGAUAGAGGAGGAGCAUCGCGAAAAUCUCAUGCCGUUCAUAAUGAGAAUUAUUUACGCCAAAAUGAUUAUGAAGAUCGGCAUAAGGACCGGUGGGAAAGCCGGUGGAUUCGCACGGAGGAAGAUCAUCCUGCGCUUUCUAGGCGGUGCGCAGGAGGACGAGAUGAUCGUGUUCGUCAAAAUGGCAUUUAGACCGUUCAAGUCGUACGUAUCGCUGGAAGUGGACGAGACGUUCGACUUGAGAAAGUACGCUGGGAACAUCAUCGAUACCGUCGACCUGAAUAACGUCAUGCCGCCUAAACGUAUGCAGAGCGCCGUGAAUCUGCUGGCGUUAAUGAUAGAACAAUUUGGUGGGAAAAUGUCGACGAAGUUACUGCCGCGUUUGCUCAGGAUACUGAUUUGCAUCUUGGCCGAGGUGGACGGCAUUCUGCGCAAAUCGGGGGAGGUUUAUCCGGGAUAUCUAUCGACGAUUAAGAACGUGAGGACGAGUUGUAUCGGCAUACUGGCCAGAUUCUUCACGCACUUCGAGGACUACGACUGGAAACGGCACGAGAUAGACGCGGUCUAUCAUGUCGCGAUAUUUCCUUUAUUGCAGAAACUGCCUGCCGACGGUAUACACAGUCCUACGGCCUUGCUGAAGCUAUUCAUGGCGUGGGGCCAGAAUCCACGGUAUUAUCCGUUGUUUGCUAAGCACCAGGAGGACAACGAGUCGAUCACUCCUCUUCCUUACAUCAUGCGACUCCUGUCGAAUCCCAAGACGCAUCAAUCCGUCAUCAAUGCCAUUCUGGAGAUAAUUGAGAAGAUGUUGACGCUGCAGGACUACGGGAGAUCCAAUGAGAAUGCGAUGCAGGUGGACGAGCCGUUCUUACCGCUAACACCAAUACUUACCAAUGUGCUCGAGGUGGAGGAGAAGGUACUUUCGACCGGGGUCAACUACGGCUCCGUUAUACUCCUGCCACAUGUUCCUCGUAUUCUGGAGUUCAUCAAGGAUAAACUUAAACGAUCCAAUAAGAGCAUGAACAAGACCGAGUUAAUCAUACUGUCGCGAAUAUCUGAAUUCGUCACGGACGCCGAGACAUGCAACACAGUGCUGAAGCUAAUAAUACCCGUGUUAAUAAAGAAAGCUAUGUAUGGCAGUAACGAGGUGGCCGUUAUGGGACUGCUGACGACCGUCACAAACUUGAUAAAAAUUGUGAAUGAGCCGGAGAUUCACCUGCGUUCCAUCGCGCCGUUGAUAGGCUUCGUGUCGGACGUGCCCGCUCGCAAGAUUCUUCUGCAGCUGUACCGUACCAUCGCUGAGAGGUCUGUGGAGGAGCGUCGCGAGGCAAUGAUCCGGGAUUGUGACGUUCUAGCUGCGCUUAACGCGUGGGAUCACAGGUGGAUCGAUCAACCGGACUUUCAGAAGAGAUUGGACGCUUUCAACCUGAUCAGCGACAUGGCUGGCAGAAACGCGAUUACACUGGAAUUUGGCGUAACCGUGAUACACAACUGCUUUUACUUUCUGAAAACCGAGUCGGAUUUGGCGAUGCGAGAUUGCUCCGGCCAGUGCCUGAAGCUCGUUGGGACGAAACUGGCGAGAGAGCACCAGAGUAACGUCCUGAACAGGCGUUACCUAAUGGACGACACUAUCUUACCGCUUAUGAGGAAGGGCAUUACGAGCAAGAACGAGGCCAUUCGCUUUCAAUCGAUAGCGUUUUUGGGACACCUGGCCCUAGAAUGCGCGGACGUACAUCCCGUUUUACGAGACUUGUCCCUACUCGCCAAUCGAGCCGAUCCCGAGGUCGACUUCUUCGAGAACAUGCAACAUCUGCAAUUAUAUAGGAGAGCUCGUGCCUUGUUGAAGUUCUGCGCGCUUGCUAAGACAUUGCAGAAACCGUUUAAUCCUAAAACGUUGACGCAAUUUAUUCUUCCUCUUUGCUCCUCGUAUUUGUGCAACGAAGCUUUCAUUCAUAAGAACAGCCUCAUUGACGCCGCCAUCGAGAGUGUCGGAGUAGUGUGCAAGCUGUUACCGUGGCAUCAUUAUGAGAUUAUCUUGAAGCAUUAUUUAGGCAAAUUAAGGAGCUCCACGGAGUUCCAGAAGCAAGUCGUUAGAAUAGUAGUAAUUAUAUUGGACUCCUUCCAUUAUGAUCUUUCAAAAUACAAGCCAGCAGAGAAAGUCGCGCAUGUCGAAGCUACUUCGACAGAAACCGAAGACGACUCUGCUUUUAUCACUGAAAAGGAAGAAACUAAUGAUGUAACUGGUGAGGAUGAGAACCUUGAAAAUACGGAACAAGGAGAUGAGGAAAAAUUGGAGGAAGCACUAAACGAUGAGAAUGUUGAAGGUGUUGAAGAGAUAAUAGAAAAGGAUAAGGAAGUGAUAAAAGAAAAUUUACCGAUAAUGGAAAGACAAACGCUACUUUCUCAAUACGGCGCAAAGAAAGUGAUAUUCAGUAUUUCGAACGACUUGCUGCGUCAACUACAUCGAUCUAUCAUGGCGAGAACUCGGCAGGAGAGUAGUCAUAAAAUCAACAAGAAGAAGAUCGCCUCUGAAACGGAGGAGGACGAUUUACUGAGAGUUCCCAUUGCUCUCGCGCUUGUUAAGUUAUUGCAAAAAAUGCCCGAGAAUCUUCUGGAUGCAAAUCUGCCAGGAAUUUUUAUGAAAUUGUGUACAUUCCUAAAGUCACGUAUGGAAUCGGUUCGACGUGCGACUCGCGAGACACUGCAGAAAAUUAUGAUAACUUUAGGACCAAAGUAUCUUCAUCAUCUUUUGAAAGAACUAAAUACAUUGUUAACAAGAGGCUUCCAAGUACAUGUUCUCGUGUAUACAGUACAGGCUGUAUUACUCGCAUUGAAGCCGUAUUUCCAGAAAUGUGAUAUCAAUAAUAAUUUACAAAGCAUCCUGUCUGUGUGUAAAGUGGAUUUAUUUGGAUUAACCGCAGAAGAAAAGGAGGUAGCUGGUAUUGUUAAAAACGUGUCAGAGGCAAAGAGUACUAAGAGCUUUGAUAUUUUCCAUAUUUUAGCGGAAUUUAUAACAGAAUCUUGCUUAUUAGACUUGAUUCUGCCGUUAAAGGAAAUGCUAAUAAAGACGCAUUCGCAUAAAACGAUACAUAAGAUCGUGGAGUGUUUUCGGAACGUAACUCUGGGAUUGGCAGACAACGUUUACAUACCAUUGGAACAAAUGCUCAUAUUUCUUUACGGUAUUAUUUCGGAAAGCAUACCAGACCUCAUGCCGGAAAAGGAAAGUAAAAAACUUGUGGAAGAGGAGCGGAGAAGAGAAACGAAAGCUUUGAUACAGCAGUCGGAUUAUUUCCUCAUACCACAGGAACCCAAAAACAGGAUGGGUAUUAAAGCCACUGCAAAGACUACCAAGCAUGCCAACGUCCAUGUAAUAAUAGAAUUCGGUUUGAAACUGUAUCACAUAUUGCUGAAACGAGACAAAAUCUCCGGCACGGAAUACAAACGUUACCUGGAACCAUUUGUACCACUUUUAAGUGAUUGUUUAAAAUCGCAUCAUAUUAAGCUAUGUACUGUAGCGUUACAAUGCUUAAAUUGGAUGCUUAAGAUGGACCUAGCUUCGAUGCAUUCGUCAAUAUCAGACAUUUGUACUUCUAUGUUUAACAUUUUGCAUAAAUACGCCGCUGCGGGUUUAAGCAAGGGAGACAACUUCGAUCUCGUGAUGGCCACGUUCAAAUGCAUGUCCGUACUCGUUCGCGACGUAAAAUACUUCAGCAUCGAUGCUGAUCAGCUGAAGAUUCUUAUCUUAUACGCGGAGCAAGACUUACACGACAGCGAUAAGCACGCUACCGCAUUUACCUUGCUCAAGGCUAUAAUACAUCGAAAAAUGAUUACCGCUGAAAUGUAUACCGUCAUGGAAAAAGUAGCGAUGCUGAGUAUCACCUCGGAAUUAGAGCACGUUAAAUUGCAAUCGCGUUCUGUGUUCUACUCUUAUCUCAUGGGUUAUCCGCUUGGCAAGCAUUUGGACAAACACAUAUACUUCUAUCUUACUCAGUUGAGUUACGAGAUGCAACCGGGCCGAUUGAGCGCACUAGAAAUGAUUCACAGCAUUGUCACGGGAUUUCCGUUGAAAACGUUAACCAAAAGAGCAGAAAUCAUAUUUGUAAUGACCGGUGCAAGAUUGAUAGACGAUGACGAUCCAACCUGUCGUAAACUUUGUGCGAAAUGUAUAGAAGAAAUGCUUAUGCGAAUACCCUUUAAUGUUAGGAAUAAGCUGUUUGACAAGUGGCCUCUUCAGUGGCUAAGUGAUUCUAAAAUAAGAUACCGGACGUUAGCAGCACAGUUAUGUGGCAUAUUCGUGACUGUUGAAAAAAACAAAUUCGAUUCGCGACUGCCUCAAGUCGCGCCGUUGUUAUUGAAGCAAUUUCACGUAAAAUUCUCGCAGAAAGAUUCGAAGAAAGAAAGAAUGGAAGAUCAUCAUUUGAUUCAAGUGUUACAAUUGCUACUAAAAAUAGCAAAACACACAUCUUUUUUUACGAAUGAAACGUACAAAGAUUCCAUUGAUUCUUUUGCCGAAUAUAGCCAAUCAUUGUUGGCGCAUCCACAUUUGUGGAUUCGAUUAGCGGCAGUGAAAUUAAUUGGUUUUAUUUUGGCUGCUCUUGACGUUGAUAAAGUCGUGGAACUUUUAAAUAAUUCAGAUAGCGAUCCAGUACAUGAAGGUUACAUGUACUCGAAGCCCAUCGACACUUUAAAGAGUUUAAUUUUAGAUUUAGUAGCUCAACUUUAUCCGGACAUGACAUUUGAGCAAUUAGCAGACGAGGUUGUCAGAAAUCUAAUCUUUAUCGCAAAAAUGUUGAAAUCGAUCACAAGACCUGCGAAAAAUGAUGACCAAGAUAAUGGAAAUAAGAUGAAUGAUAGUAACAAUUUAUCUUUUCACUGGCUUAUUAGGAGACUGAGAAAAGCUGUUAACAUAGAAAUAACGCAAGCUCCAAAGUCAACAUCAGUGAGAACUGCAAUGUUUAAGUUUGUUGCGGGUGUAGUAAAAACAGUGCCUAUGGAGUACCUGAACGCGGUACUUUUUAAUAUCAUGUCGCCAUUGGUGCGAGAGAUGACCAUAACGGAAGAAACGAACACUGAAUUAAGUCGACUUGCCAAAGAAGUAGCUACUAUGAUUAAAAAAUCCAUAGGAAAUGAAGAAUAUGUCAAAUUACUGAAUCAAGUGCAACAAAAGUUGGACAUUAAGAAGGCAGAAAGAAAAAAAGUUCGCGCGCAACAGUUUGUGACAGAUCCUGACCUAGCAGCUAAACGUAAAAUGGCUAAACAACAAAAGAAGAAGGAGGCUAAAAAAAGAAAACUGGACACCAUAAAAGGAAGCAAAAGAGUAAAAAAACGUAAAAAAGCAGAACUGGAUGAUAUGUAAUUUAUAAAUGUAAUAUAACUUAAAUAAAAAAUUUUACAAUUUAAAUA